CUGACCUGUUGGUGGAAGAAAGACAGAUAUAAAACGGAAAAGACCUCCGUAGCAGAAUUGGGAGACAAACUCGUGCUCGUGGCUUGAACUAAUGGCGACCCACGUCGGAACACGCCGACUUGUGUAACACCGGCUUAAACGAAGAGUACGACUUCUGCAAGACUCCCAGUGCUUUCUCCCAUAGCCUGAACUGUUAAUCAAGACAUCCAGUACAUAAAAAGUUUUAAAACUUACCAAGUAAAUCAUUAAUUACUACUGUCAUGGGUAAUGUUCAUGCCGGAUCUGCGGCUGCUCCGCCACCACCGAUGGGUUUUGCACCCGCACCACCUUCAUCAGCUGAAUCUGAUAAGGAUGUCACAAGCCUUGGACCCCCAGCAGAGGCUGGUGAUAGCUUACCUUAUCCUGGCACCAUGGAGGAACUUCAUAAAAAGUGCAAAGAUAUAUUCCCAACAAACUUUGAAGGUGCAAAGUUGAUGCUGAACAAAGCUCUUAGUAGUCAUUUUCAAAUUUCUCAUACUAUCAACAUGAGCUCUAUGAUGCCUUCAGGAUACAGAUUUGGCGCUACAUACGUCGGCACAAAACAAAUUUCCCAAACAGAAACGUUUCCUGUUUUAGUGGGAGACAUUGAUCCUUCGGGAAAUCUCAAUGCAAAUAUUAUUCAUCAACUCACUCAAAGAAUCAGAGGAAAGGUAGCAACACAAGUUCAAAGAAGCAAAUUUACAGCUGUACAAAUGACUGCUGAUUAUCGUGGCGAUAGUUAUUCAGCAUCAGUUACUUUGGGAAAUCCUGAUGUUCUUAAUAACUCUGGUCUAAUGGUGUUGCAUUAUCUUCAAAGUGUGACAUCUAAUUUGGCACUUGGUGGUGAACUUAUUUAUCAACAAGGUCCAGGGAUUCCAGGUGGAUAUGUAUCAAUUGCAUCAGCUGCUGGACGUUAUACAGUUGGCGAUUCGAUCAUAAGUGGAACUUUGGGUCUGGCUGGUUGCCAUUUGUGUUUUUACCAAAAAGCUAGUCCACAAUUGCAAGUAGGCGCAGAACUGGAAGUUAAUAGUAGAAUGCAAGAAGCAAUUGGUACCAUAGCUUAUCAAGUCGAUUUACCCAAAGCAGACUUAGUUUUUAGAGGUAGCAUUGAUUCAAACUGGUGCAUUGGUGCUGUUUUGGAAAAAAGACUUCAACCACUGCCUUUGACAUUUGCACUUAGUGGUAUGCUUAAUCAAUCUAAAAACCAGUUUAGGUUAGGCUGUGGCCUAAUUAUUAAUUAAAUUGUUACUUGUGGAAUAAAGUUGGAAUUUCAUGAAAUUUGUAAAAUAAUUUCAUGAACAAAAUGAUAUUAUAUUGUAUCGUGAAUGAGGUGCAAAGUUUGCAUUUGUGUCAUAUAACAAUUUUUAUACCACUUUCAUAAAAAUCAUUGUUUUUAUUAGAUAGAAUAAAUUGAACCAUUUUACAAAAUCAAUUUAAAUUAUUUUUAUUUGUAUAUUACUUCAAAAUUAGUAUAUCUUCAUAAAUAUUUUUUGAUUCUAAAUAGUAUCCUUGUAAAAUGGAAUGAUGAACUUAAAAACUAUUUUCAUAAAAAAAAUUUUUGAUUCAUUUUGACUGACCAUCAAAAUUAUUGAAAAUGGAAAACAUGAAAAAAUUGUUCUUCAAUGAAUGAACUAUGUUUUUCUAUAAUGUAGGGUUUGUUUCGUUAUGCUUUGCCAUUUACUUCAACAAUUCAAUUUUCAAUUAUUUAUAGAUAAUUGUAUAACAUUUAUCUGAUUGUGAGCAUAAAUUUGAAAUCUAUUGUUAAAUGACACAUAAAACUAUAAUAACAACUGUUAAAUUCCAACUGCUUAAUGUGAGUCAGAGGAUCAAUUUGUAUAUUUCUCGAAAUGAACAACACCAACAUUUUUCUAUCCUUGAUUGCUAUUUGUAAAUUAUGAACUGCGCGUUUUCCAAAAAUUGUGUUGAAUUUUUCUAAGAGCAAUAUUGUAAAUAUAUUACGAUUGCAUUGAAUUUAAAAUUAUUGGUUUAUGAAAAGUUUUACUGGCAGUUAAUAAUUCAAUCUUAACAGCAAUUUAUUCAAGUACUUAUGCUUGAGAUUAAUGUGUACAUGAUACUUUACAUCUUGUCUAUUAAAUAGGUAAGUUUCAUGACUGCAGCAAAAUGACUCAUGCUCAAGAACUGCCUAAAAACGAAGUGCUUUAUUGCAUUUUCUCACUCUGUUGCUAAAACAUUUUUCAAUUUGACGUAUUCAGUGGUUGAAUUUGAAUGUUUUUUAUUUCUAAUUUUCAAAAAAGACGCAAUUGUUAACCAUAUUUUAGAUGUAAGUUACUCAUUAAUCACAUAUCGUUCCUGAUUUACGAACAAUUUUGUUUUGUAGAGAUUUUUGACUUUACAUAUGCUGUUGAUUUUUAAUGUAUAAAUAAAUAAAACCAAAUAAAAUCUGAGAAAUAUUAUAACAAU